GCCUAAAAGUGAAAGUGAUAGAGGGACAUAAGUAAGGAAUAUUUGAAGUUAAAAAAGUACCUUGUGACUCGGCGAAUAAAGAUGCCUCCAUCGGCGCCAAAAAAACAAUCUUCAAAAUUGUCAGACAACAGUAAAGACAUAAGCUUAACAAAGACUAAAACAUCACGGCAAGACCUGAUGGUCGGUAAUCUUGGGCCGGCAGGAGCUGCUGGUGAUACGGAUUGGUACCGGCCUAAAACAUUCCUCAAACCAGAAGAUCAGCUGCAGCUGUCUGAAGCGGAUUUGCAAGAGGAAAUCGCCAGGGUCCUCAUGGUGCACAACACAAGAAUUCCUGACUCUCUUGUCGAGUGGUCCUGGAAGUGGCGGGAAUUCGUCAGGCUUCCUGAUCCUCCUCAUCUGGUUACUUUACUUAAUAUAUCUGGGACUAUGUUACUCAAGGAAUCCGAAGAAGCCAGAGUACAAAUGGCGGGUGGAGUUAUUAGUGAGUUUCCUAUCUGUUUUUUUUUUGCAGAAAUGAAAGCACCAAAUUCGAUUUAUACUUUACAUAUCGUAGCUGAAGCGGAUGACGAUCCCCAUGCUGACAAGGAGAAGGGAGAUGGUCUCACGGAUGAGUUGGAUGAACAGGAAGAUGAAGACGAUGACACUUUAAUAGGUGAUGAAGAUGAUGACGACGCCAGGGAGGCGGAUGUGAGUGCUGACAAGAAGAAAACUGAUGGACCUACGGAAGCUGAGGGAGAACUUGAUGAAGAUGAGGCGGAGGUGGCAAGACCAAAAAAAGUACCGAAUCAAUUCAACUUUUGUGAAAGGGCAGCACUUACCUAUGACAAUCCCAUGAGAGAUGUCACUACACAAACCGUUCCUCCACCAACUGCGAGCUUCAAUGGACAUGUCUUCCAAUGGAUCAUAUUCGAUGAGUACCAGGAAGACUUUCUGCAGCAACAAAAGGAAAAAGAAAAAGAAAGAAAGGUAGCACCUAUGACGACACAGCCUAAAAAGGAAGACGCUAAGAGGAAGGUCCAAUCGGAAGCAAUGGCUGGAACAUUUAGAAUGCUUCAGGCAGCCAAAACCCUGGAAAGAAUGGUCAAUCAGAAUAUAUUUGAUGACAUAUCGCAAGAUUACAGAUACUGGAACGACCCAAGUGAUGAGUUCAAAGAUGGCGAAGGUUCUCUACUACCACUCUGGAGGUUUAGUUAUGAAAAAACAAAGAAGCAUGACGUCACAGAUAUGUGCUUCAACAGCAGAUAUUAUGACUUCUUUGCAGUUUCGUUUGGAUCAAUGUCCUUCGAGAGUACUGUGGCCAGUGGUACAGUCUGCCUCUUCAGUUUGAAGAAUCCAUCUUAUCCAGAGUGGAUAUGCCCAAUUGAGUCACCAGUGAUGUGUCUGGAUUUUAGUAUGCAGCAUCCUCAUCUCCUAGUGAUUGGCACAAUGGAUGGUACGGUUGCAGUGUACAAUGUAAUGCUGCCUCCAACUGCUCCACAAUACAAGAGCAACGACGUUGUUCAAAAACAUGGUGGUAUAGUCUGGGAGGUACGCUGGGCACCAGACACCGAAGAGGGCAACCUUGCUUUUUACAGUGUCAGCAUCGAUGGGAAGAUCAAUCAUUGGGUGCUUAAUCAAAAUGAUCUUGGAGUGACGACAGUGAUGACUUUGUAUCUUGACCGUGAUCCUAUUCCUGGUCCUGAUGGAACAAUGAUCACUCUUAAAGGAUGUGGUACAUGCAUUGCCUUUCAUCCUACCGACAAGAAUAUAUUUCUGGUUGGCACCGAAGAGGGUACAAUUUACAAAUGUAACACGGCUUACAGUAGCGUUUAUAUGAAAACUUAUAAAGAAGCUCAUAACAUGCCAGUUUAUCGGAUUGUCUUCAAUAAAUAUAACUCAAGCAUAUUCGCCAGUUGCUCAGGAGACUGGAGGAUCAAAAUUUGGGAAGAUGACAGGCUGGAACCACUCUUCAUGUUCGACUUGGGUGUUCCAAUUGGUGAUGUUCAAUGGGCGCCUUACAGUUCCACGGUUUUAGCUUGUGUCUCUAAUGAUGGUAAGGUCACAGUUUUUGACCUCAAUGUCAACAAGUAUCGACCAAUUUGCAGUCAAGCAAUUGUUAGCAAGAAGAGGAGCAAACUGACCCGAUUGGCCUUUAAUCAAGUUUUGCCUUUCCUCGUUGUUGGUGAUGAUAAGGGUGUGGUGAAUACUUUGAAGCUUUCGCCAAAUCUUAGAGUAAGAGUGAAGCCCACGAAGAAGCAGCUUCAUCUUUCGCAGGCAGAAUUGGAAAGCCUGAAGCUUGAGAGACUUUUGAGCUUUGUUCGAGAGCCACCUGUCUUAACACCUCCCAAAGAUGUUGCUGUUACGCAUUGAGUAACAAUUUUGUUUUUAAUUUCUAACAUCACAAAUAUACCAUACGUAUUCGAAA